GGGAAGGUAUUAAUCUCUUCAAUUUCUCAAUUUUUACCGUUGAAUCAGAAUCAGUCACAUAUAUAGUUGUAUAAAUAGAAUGAGGUAAAUUAAUUCUUCUCACCAAUUUACUCUUUGAUUAUUGUCCUUCUUGUUCUUGAGCAAAAAAAUUCACACUGUAAUUUACAGAUUGUCUUCGUUUGGGUUCGUAGCGGCGAAGAUUGUUGUUGUACCCUCGUUGUCUAUUUGUCUUCUGGAAUCUGGAUUGUAAUUGACUAUCAAGUUUGGGGCUACCUAUUACAAACUCUCAAGCUCCAAUUUCUCCAGCCUCCAGGUGCUAUUAUUCUAUCAUUUUACUUUGAGUGUUAUUGUGUGAAACAUGGGGUUACCUAGAAAACAAGCAUGUGGAAAUGAGAAAAAGAAAAAAAGAAAAAGAAUAGAAGAACUCACUAAAUCACAGAAGGGUGAUAUGGAUAAGUUUAUUCUUAAGAAUACAACUUCUAAAGAAAAAGCUGGAACUUCAAAUGCGAACAAUGUUGAUGCGCUUCUUGAGAUUGAAGAUUCUAGUGAAAAGAGAAAUGACUUGAAUGAGAGUGAACAUAUUCUAAAUAUUUUAGAUGAUGAACCUAGAGAGAACGAUGAACGAUUUAUUCCUCCAGUUGAUAUUUAUGAUCCGAGAAAUUGGGAUAAUAUUGAUAAUAAUGCACGAGAUAUUUUAGUUGAGAAGGGACCUAUAAGAGAAAUGAACCUUGUAUUUCCUUUAGACAACAUCUCUAGGCAUUUCUCUUAUACUCAUUAUAUUAGAAAGUUAAGCAAUGGUGAGGUGAAGGAUCGAAAGUGGUUAGUAUAUAGUAAACAUGUUGACAAAGUGUAUUGCUUUUGUUGUAAAUUGUUUAAAAAUAAACAAAAUACAUCUUGUUUAGCAACUGAUGGAUAUAGAGAUUGGAAACAUCUUAGUGAACGGCUUCAAGAGCAUGAAAAUUCUGUAGAACAUAUCACUAAUAUGAACUCUUGGUAUGAAUUGAAAAUGAGAUUAGGUAAAAAUGAGACUAUUGAUAAGGACUUACAACGAGAAAUCUCUAAAGAAAAGGAUCGUUGGAGACAAGUUUUAAUUAGAAUAAUAGCAGCUAUUAAAUGUCUUUCUAAAAAUUGUUUGGCUUUUCGUGGAUCUAAUGAGAAACUUUAUCAAGACAAUAAUGGAAAUUUUUUGGGAUUGAUUGAAAUGAUUGGUGAAUUUGAUGUUGUUAUGCAAGAUCAUAUAAGACGUAUACAAAAUAAGGAAAUACAUUAUCAUUAUCUUGGUCACAAAAUUCAAAAUGAUUUAAUUUCUCUUUUGGCCGAUAAAGUUAGAAAUACAAUCAUUAAGAAAAUUCAGGAAGCAAAAUAUUUUUCAGUAAUUCUUGAUUGUACACCAGAUUUUAGUCACCAAGAGCAAAUGACUUUGAUAAUUCGAUGUGUUGAUAUGUCAUAUAGCAAAGUGAAAAUAGAAGAGUAUUUUUAG